AUGGUUUCGGUAAAAUUCGAAUAUAGUUUGAUUCGCUGUACCAAUAAUUAUUUUUCAUUCUAAGUAUUUAUUUUUUGGACACAUUUUUUUGGUAUUUAAAUAAAAAUAAAAAAAUAUACCAUGUCGCAGUAAGUUUAACUACUACCUUUAUACUACACAAAUAGAGAGUAGGAAGCUAAACUUCGAGUUUGACGAUUAUCUUUCCACUACUUGAAUUCAAUAAAGAGAUUUGCACGGCCUCAGACAGGGUUUUCCUAGAACUGGGCUUUCUUUUUUUUUUAUUCAGCGUUUGGUGGCAGGAUAACAGCGUCCGUAGUCCACUGUGAGUGUUCGAGGGCUGAGCCACAGCGAACACUACAGUUCGGUGAUCACCAAGUCGUACACCAAGAGGGCGUGAGCCGCAGCAAGGUGUACGGGUUGAUCCGUCGUGAAGAUUCUGGCAAGGGUAUUCGACAAGUCAACUGGCUGGUCUUCGACCUUGGCCCCUUCGACAACUCUUCGCAACGCCAGGCGUUGAAGGAACAACAAUUAAUCGCAUAUCUGAAGCGUAUUUACGCGAGGUUUAAUACGAGUGAACCGAUUUAGUAAACAAUUUAUUACCUCACAAGAUUCUUUAACCUGGGCACAAUCACGACUGGCUGGAUUCUUACCAGUGGUCGUUGUUUUGCACCGAGGGUCCCAAGGCACCUCAAACUUGGGUAAUUAAACCGACCAAUCGUGAUAAAAAAAACGACAAAUUAUUAGCGAAACAAUUUAACAUUUGAUACCGGAUUAAUUAACAAACAGUUUUUGUUCUUAGCGAGCAUGAUUUGUUGGGGAGGACUCAAUACUUAUGGCGACUGUGAUCCUAGCUAUGAAUUAGGGUAGAAAAAUAUAACGAACAAUUUUAGGAACGUGAUUAGGUAUAAAUUUAAUAAGAUUUAACGAUAGGCAAACAAAUGGAAACGCUUAUAUUUUUAGGUAAAAAGGAAGGGAACUAUAUAUAUAUGAAAUUGGGAUUUUGGCGGUUCCGCUGGCGCAUCCUUUUUCUUGUAGUCCUCUUCGCACUUCGCUGAAAUUUUUUCGCAUUUCAACUUCAAAGUUUGGUGUCACUUUACAAGCUUCGAUAAUUUUUUUUGCGUGGGUAGAUUUUUUUAAAUGUUCAGUCAAAAAUCAAGAAAGUGGUUAUGUGUAACAUACUCAAAAUUUAAAAGCGUUCCUCACUUGGUUUUCUGAAACGCGACGAUUUUGUGAAACUUGUCAGUUUUUUUCGAGUUAAAUCUAUUUUUUCGCUUAUUCAUGAAAAAUACAUGGUUUCAAAGAUAUUCAGUCUUGCAGAGCGUUGUCGAUUUCAUAGGUUAACAGAAAAAGUUUAUUUUUAAGGUGGAACUUUAGCUAGUAUAAGCGCCUCAAAACCUUUUUUGCAACAAAAAAUGGUCAUUUUGGUGGCGUGAAGGGGCGGGGCUUUGCGCUCCCUACAUAAGUGGUAAAACCUGGAGUUGGUCAGGAUAAACGGGAUCGACGGCGCCUUGGAGAGCGAAGGAUUGGCUGGUCGCCAGCGCCAGGAGAACGCCAGCGACGAUCAUCGAAGGAACCGACGACGACGCGGCUCGCAGACAAAUCAGGCUUGAUCUCGAAAAUGACAUGGAGUGCUCCCAUUACAUGAAGAACUUUGAACUGGCCGACGAGAAAAUUCCCCUGAGGUUUUUGUGGCUAAGCUUGCCAAGUUACUCAUUGUUCUUGUCUCAGAUUGGCUCGAUCCAAGGGACUUUUGAACCUCAUCGAUAAGAACUUCGGCACUUUGGCCUUCUGUCGGCGGUGGAUCGACCGAACCGGAGAAACCAAAUAUCUCAUGGCUCUCAAGGAUCUGUGUGACAAGGUUUCUCUUUUUUUCUAAAUUUUUUUCUGUGUCAUGCUCUAGUUUUCAGAAAAACAUUUUUAGCUUCUUUUUCUCAUUAAUCAAAAAGCUGAAAAAUUGUGCUUUCUUGUUAGAUUUUUGAAAAAAAAACGAUGUUAUCCCAUUUAUAUUAAAGUAGUUCUAAUAAUUUUUUCAGCGCCAUGUAGCGAGGUAAAAAAAUUUCUGUAAUGAGGUCGAUUUUUUUCAUCAAAAAAAGUAUUCUUUUUAGAAUAUUUCAUACCAAAAAAAUGCUUGAUUUUUUUCAGGGAAUCGUCGAUCCGUAUCCGCCCCUCUGUGACGUCAAAGGCUCCUACACGGCCCAAUGGGAGCACACUCUUCUGUUGCGUCCGACGUGCAAAGAAGUCGUUUCUCGAGGAGACGAUUAUUAA